AUGAUUCCACAGAAGUCCCAGGGUGUUGUACUUGUAUUGAAUUCACUCGACUCUCUAGGUGAUAAUCAGGUGCUAGAUAAACAGCAAGCUGGAUUUACAGCAAUCAACCUGACCAAGCUUACUUUCAACCCGGACAUUGCACAGGAGAUUAUGGAGGGUGUAUACCAAUUUGUUUACUUCAGUCCAGAAAUAUUCCUCAACAGCAAGCUAUUUGAACGAUGUUACUUAAUCACUGAGUUCCAAAACAGACUUGCCUUGAUUGUGGUUGAUGAGGCCCAUAUGGUCUAUGUAUGGGGUCUUGUAGAAAGCUCAACCUCAAAAGCAUCAACUUCAGCCCACUUUUGCUUUGAGGACUACAGAAUUUUUGGUCCUUCAUAUGGUAAACUCGGGGCCCAGAUCUUAUUUUGGAAUGAUAAACCAAUCUUGUUGCUCUCUGCAACUUGCUGUCUGGUGGCCGUUGAAGCAAUCAAGAAGAGUUUGAAGUUGAACAACAACAGCAUUGACAUGAUACAAGCCGACGGCUCCCGUAAACGAAUGUUGACCAUGUUGAAAGUCAUUGACAGAGCUCGCGAGAGCCCAGGCGGCACUUUCAUCCCAAACAGUCUCUGUGCCUGUCAAUUUCAUUCUUGUCAGCUGGCUAUUAAGGCAGAGACAACCUGUCAUAGCAAAUAA